UGUGGAAACAGUAAAUGAUGGACAAUUUCAUAGCGUGGAACUCAUGAUGCUGAAUCAAACUCUGAACCUAGUGGUGGACAAGGGGACUCCCAAGAGUCUAGGAAAACUCCAGAAACAGUCAUCUGCCAGCCUCAACACACCCCUCUACAUUGGAGGGAUCCCGACCUCUACUGGAUUAUCUUCACUGCGGCAGGGUGCAGAUAAGACACCAAAUGGUUUUCAUGGCUGUAUUCACGACGUCCGCAUCAAUAACGAGCUGCAGGAUUUCAAGGAUUUACCACAGCAGUCGCUAGGAGUCCUUCCUGGCUGCAAAUCCUGUAACAUCUGCAAGCACGGGAUUUGCCGCUCCCUAGAGAAAACAAGUGUGAUUUGUGAAUGUCACCCGGGCUGGACCGGCCCCCUGUGUGACCAGGAAAUUGGAGACCCGUGUCUUAACCACAAGUGUCUGCAUGGUAAGUGCAUGGCAGCCAACAUCGCUUACACCUGCAAGUGCAUGGAGGGCUACACAGGCAUGUACUGUGACAAGAAGAACAAUUCCUCAAACCCCUGCAGGAUUCUGAAGUGCAACCACGGGCAGUGUAAGAUUUCAGAGCACGGGGAGCCCUACUGUGAGUGUGACCCCAACUACAGCGGCGAGCACUGUGAGCGAGAGAAUCUCUGCCAAGGAGAGAUAAUUCGAGAAGUGGUCCGUAAGCAGCAGGGCUACACGUCGUGCGCCACGGCCUCCAAAGUACCGCGGCUGGAGUGCCGGGGCGGCUGCGGCGGCGGCGGGCAGUGCUGCGUCCCGCUCCGCAGCAAGCGGCGGAAAUACUUCUUCCAGUGCGUGGACGGCUCCACCUUCACGGAGGAACUCGAGAGACACGUGGAAUGCGGCUGCUCCAAGUGCUUGUAAGCCAUCCCCCGGUCUCUUGCCACUUUAAUCAACUCAGAAGCAGUAUCGAAAUGGGACCUAUUUACUUUCAGAGUGAAGAAGAAGAAGAAAAGAAUUAUUAAGUAUAUUGUAAAAUAAACAAAAAAUAGAACUUAUUUUUAUUAUGGAAAGUGACUAUUUUCGUCUUUUAUUAUAUAAAGUAUCGCACCACUUUGGGUACAUGUAUCAUAUAGUGAGUUAUUUUUACCAUAAAACUUUUUUAACAGUUGUAAGAAAAAAAAAAUUUCAAAAGGUAAAAGUUAAAGAAA